GGAAGUUCAAACAGAGCACGCUUCAUUUUCUCCCCACAUGAUCACACGUUACAGCUGCUGUCAUCAAUAAGUCACAGCAUAGAUACCGGAGGACUGAGCCGCCACCAUGGCAGCAGUCAGGCUGAGCUUCAGUAACAUCACCGCCCUCGCUCCGAUGGUCCGGGUGGGGACUCUGCCCAUGAGGCUGCUGGCUCUGGACUACGGAGCUGAUGUGGUUUACUGCGAGGAGCUGAUCGACAUCAAAAUGGCCCAGUGUCAGAGGGUGGUGAACGAGGUGCUGCAGACGGUGGACUUCGUCGCUCCAGAUGAUCGAGUGAUGUUCAGGACCUGUGAGAGGGAAAAGGACAGAGUCGUCUUCCAGAUGGGGACUUCUGAUCCAGACCGAGCGCUGACUGUGGCCCGACUCGUAGAAAAGGACGUGGCUGCUGUGGAUGUGAAUAUGGGCUGUCCAAAGGAAUACUCCACUAAGGGCGGGAUGGGAGCUGCUCUUCUGUCAGACCCUGACAAGAUCGAGGCGAUCCUCAGGAAGCUCGUCACAGGCGUUUCCAUACCGGUGACGUGUAAAAUCCGGAUCCUUCCUUCGUUGGAGGAGACAGUCAGACUGGUCCAGAGGAUCGAGAAGACCGGCGUCACUGCUGUUGCUGUCCACGGCAGGUUUAAGGAGGAGCGUCCCCGACACCCCGUCCACUGCGACUACAUUCGGAGCGUCGCUCAGGCCGUUUCCAUCCCCGUCAUCGCCAAUGGAGGUUCUCUGGAUCUGGUGAAGACCAACGCCGACAUCGAGGAGUUCAGGAAGGCGACGGGCGCCUCGUCGGUCAUGUUGGCUCGUGCCGCCAUGUGGAACGCAUCAGUAUUCAACAGCCAGGGACCACUUCCUGUGGAGAGGGUCAUGGAGGAGUACCUCAAAUAUGCGAUCCGGUACGACAACCACGCCUUCAACACAAAGUACUGUCUGUGUCAGAUGCUGAGAGACAAGGUGGAGUCUCCUCUGGGGAAGCAGGUCCAGGCGGCUCAGACCAACGCGGAGAUCAGCGAGGCCUACAGGCUGCAGGAGUUUUACCAGCAGACCCAGGAGCAGCUGCAGGCCAGGAGGGAGGCCCUGCAGAGCAGCAGCCAGCCCGACCGACCCGUCAUGGACGGAGACGCCACCACCAUGGCUGUUAAGUUUGAACGGAGGGAGUAUCCACCUCAGAUCACUCCUAAGAUGUUCCUGCUGGAGUGGAGCCGGAGGGAGAAGCUGGAGCAGCCGCUGUACGAGACGGUGCAGCGUUCGCAGGAUCGAGCCUUUCAGUCGACUGUGACUGUAGCAGAGAAGAAAUACAGAUCUUCACUGUGGGAGAAGUCCAAGAAAUUUGCAGAGCAAGCGGCCGCCAUCGUCUGCCUGCGAGUUCUGGGGAUACCGGAGGGUCGCAUCGGCGAGGAGGACUCAGGCCUGGUCUGCAAGAGGAAGAGGGAGCAGAAGGCGAACGGCACCACACAGGAAGAAAUAAGCAAGAAACGACAUGUAGCUGACAUCCAACAGGAAACAGAGACCCCUGUGGUGGCCAACGGUGACCAUCAUGAACCAGACACACCUCCAGGACGACCGCAGAUUUAAUGAGACGUUUGUAGCGACCUGCAUCACUUCCUGUCAGGAUAUUUAUGAACAGUAAAUUGAAAUAAUCUGCUCUUUAACAGGAUCAGCAGCUGCUCGUUUCUGCCGUUACAUUUCUGGACUUUGAUUUUUUUUUAAAAACCAUUUUCCAGUGUUCAGACUGGGAUCUGCCCAGUGCUUAAACAGUCUUCCACUGCAUCAGUACAUGAUCCUGGACAGAGACGUAGUUGCUCACAUCUCACUUUCCAGAAACAGAAGUUUUAACCUGAAGAGGCCCUGGUGUGGAUUUGCAGCCAGCAGGGGGCAGUGCUGAACUUUCAGAUUAACGUGUCAUCAUCUCAGAUAUUUCACAUUUUUGAAUUUUAACCCUCGUGCCUUACGAAGCAACUUUUUUUUUUUUUUAAAUCCUGAUUUUUGGAUGGGCCUUAAACUCAUCAUUCGUGUCCUGAUUUCAUCUUUUAGUCUCUGAAGAGGACUGAUGUUGGAUUAAACGACUUUAACUGUUUGUCGUCAAGUAGACUUAUGCUGCCAAAUGUUUUCAUUUUAUCCUUUGAUUUUUAGUUGUCACAGUUUUGAGGUGAGAAAUCUCCCAAAUCUUCCAGACUCUUUAAUCCGCCGAGUGUUAUUUUAUCCUUUAUUUUACACAGAUUUUACCUAAAAUGUAAAGCUAUCAGUGGAUUUUUGCCUCUAAGGGACAGAGUCAGUGUAGCUGACUCUGUAGCGCUAACUGAAAAACACGUGAGACAGGCGAAGUGUUGCGUUCAGGUGACUGGUUCCUUCACGAGGAGGAGCGAGGUCGGUGAGAAGAUGCAGAUAAAAGGGGAAAUGAACCCCGGGCCUGUCUUUGGUUUUAGGUUUAAUAAGUCUUUAAGUCCUGAACUGAACCUGAGAGAUGGAGACACCCGCCGCUGACGUCAUCACCGGGCUGGCUCUUGAUGCCUUUACUGGCAUUAGGAAAAUACGGCAUUCGCGCUACAGUUGCGUGCACACGGAGAAACCAACAAAGUUGUGUUGCAAUGUUGUGUGAAACCAGGUGUCAAGUGCAGCUCUUGAAUUCUCAGAGGGAUUCAAGUUAAAAUGAAUGUUAUUACACCCUGCAGAGUGUUGAAAGAGGAGACGCCAAAUCUUCGACUGAUUGAUUGGUUUUGUUUUUGUAAUCUUAAGUCGUUUUGCCUCAGUGCAUGUCAAACAUGUGAAAGCAAAGCACGCCCAGCAAGAUGUUAGAUAAACUGUUCGCAUGCAGGAAAUUAAAAUGAGGCAGCAGCAAAAGGAAGUUCACAAACACAUGCACAGUAGAGAUCUGAGCAAUAACUUAUUGAAAGCAGAAGACAAACUAAUGAACAUCUGCUCGUAUGUAUGGAGUCUCACGUGUGCCAGAAGAAUGAUUACAGACCGUUUUUAAAUAUGAAAAAACAAUAAUCAUGUUUUUAUUUUGUCUUUAAAUGAUGAAUUAAAGAAUGAAUCAUU